GUCCCGUCUAGCAGGCCGCGACGCUCCGUUCCCGUCGAAACCGACUCAUUCCAUCGCCCGCUUCGGCUUGGAGAGCUCCGUCGUCCGUUUCCCGGCUACCAACCUCCUCACGUGUUCUCCGCAAUUGUCCCCAUUGUCGACCGGACACGGCUACCGGCUGAAAAAUGACCCCGUGCGGUUCGCGUACCCUGGUUCUACUCGUGUCCUUCGCGCUCUGGUGUGUUGGGGUUGUUCUCAGUGGCAGUUGCAGGGAGGCGAAGCUCUGCUGCACCGGCAGGGAUUCGUCCUGUGUUGUCCAGAAGGCGCCGAUCAACGCCAUCAUCGAGGACCUCAGCGACAAGCCCUGCUACUGCGAUCACGCUUGUCUUAAGCUAGGGGACUGCUGUCCGGACUUCAAGGAGGCCUGUGGAGAUGAGACACAGAACAAAGAAAAACACACAGAUGAGGGAGACACAGAACAAAGAAAAUACACUACGAUUUGCCAAAUAGGAACUAAUGUAAAAUGA